UGAGUUGGUUCCGGGAGUUGGGAGAUGGAGUCCGGGCAGCUGCCGGUGUGGCGCGGCCUGGGGCUGCUGGGGAGAGCUGCGGAGAGCCCCCCGCUCGGGCCCGGCGGGUGCGAGAGGCGGCUGCUCUGGGCCGCGUCCUUGCUGUGCGUCUUGCUGGACUUGCAGUUGCCAGGUUUGCUGGCUGCUGGACAAGCUGAAAUUGAGAACCAUCUGGAAAUGGGUCGCAAGCUGUUAGCGGCUGGGCAGCUGGCUGAGGCGCUGUCCCACUAUCACUCAGCGGUGGAAAGUGAUCCUAAGAACUACCUUACGUACUACAAACGGGCAACCAUUUAUUUGGCCAUGGGCAAGUUCAAGUCAGCGCUGCCGGAUCUCUCCAAGGCUAUCGAGCUCAAGCCGGAUUUCCUGGCUGCCCGACUGCAGCGAGGCAUCAUCCUCUUGAAACAAGGCAGCUCGCAGGAGGCGAAGCAGGACUUCGAAGCAGUGCUCAAGAGCAAUCCAGAUAACACAGAGGCCCAAAGCCAGCUUGCCCGAGUCAGCGAAGUAGAGUUUUCCAUGCAGGAGGCCCGGACUGCCUUCCAGAGGAAAAAUUACCUAGGAGCAAUCAGUAUUCUGGAUCGAGUAAUUGAGAUUUCUCCCUGGGACCCGGAAUCCAAAGAGCUGCGUUCCGAGUGCCACUUGUUCCUCGGCGACUACAACAAGGCCAUCCUUGACCUGAAACCAACCACCAGGCUGCGGAAUGACAACAGGGUGGCUUUCCUGAAGCUCAGCAAGCUCUACUACAACUUGGGGGAGCACGAGGAGUCCCUAAACCAAGUGCGCGAAUGCCUUAAGCUAGACCAAGACGACAAGGAAUGCUUCUCCCAUUACAAGCAAGUGAAGAACCUCUCGAAGCAGCUGGAAUCUGCUGAGGAACACGUCAAAGCUCAGAGGUACGAAGAAGCCAUCAAGAAGUAUAAAGCAGCAGUUAAAACAGAGCCAAAUGUGGCGAUCUAUACCACAAAGGCAAAAGGACACAUCUGCCACUGUUUAACCAAGAGCAAACGACCUCGCGAAGCCAUCGAUGUUUGCACAGAAGCUCAUCAACUUGACCCCAGGAACGUCUUCAUCUUGCGGGACCGAGCUGAAGCAUACAUACUGAAUGAGGAAUUCGAGAAAGCUGUUGAAGAUUACCAAGAAGCCAAAGAGUUUGAUGGGGAAAACGAAGAGUUGAAAGAAGGUCUGGAGAGGGCACAGAAGCUGCUGAAGCAGUCCAAGAAGCGAGAUUAUUACAAGAUCCUGGGGAUCCGGAGGAACGCAAACAAGCAGGAAAUCAUCAAAGCCUACCGGAAACUGGCUCAGCAGUGGCACCCUGACAAUUUCCAGUCUGAAGAUGAGAAAAAGGAGGCGGAGAAAAAGUUCAUCGACAUUGCAGCAGCGAAAGAAGUCCUGACAGAUCCAGAAAUGCGGCAGAAGUUCGAUUCCGGCGAGGACCCCCUAGAUCCAGAGAAUCAGCAGGGAGGAGCAGGGCACCAGCACCACUGGCCUUUUGAAUUCAACCCCUUCGGUUCCGGGAACUUCCACUUCAAAUUUCACUUCAAUUAACUGGGCCGAGUUUGGGAGGCAAAACUGUGGCUAGCGAAUGGACGCAUGAACCUCUGGCUUUGCUUCUCCGAUCACUGAGACUGCAGAAGUAGCACUCCUUGCCGGAAACGAUAGCUCUGCAGUGGGAGGGUGAGAUUAGGGAGCGCUUCCCUACUGUAGUCAAAAAACAUCCCUUUUCAGAUGCGCGGGUGGUCUUUGGCAAGAUUGCCAAAGUCUGAAGAAAGGAUGGUGACUUUGUUUUAUAGCCGUCUGCCUGUGGGAUGUACCGUGCAUGCAAACCCACUGCAGCUCCCUGGGGUCCUGUCAUUCAUGGUGAACCUCAGAAAGGUAGAUUGACUUGACCUGGUGGGGGUAUAACUUUGCAAGGGCUGGGUUAGUAUACAUGUAUUUUCAAGGCAGGGAAGCAAGCCCAUUCUCCCACCAGUCAUAUAUAUCCCAAAAACAUCUGUCGGUCGCUGAGCUUUGUAGCUCCUGUCUACACAGUCUUGGUUUGAAGAUACCCCUUUUUCAAAAUACCAGAAAAAGUGUGCCAUCUAUCCUCCUGUCCAGUUCUUCCUCUCGCAUACCCAUGGGAAAAAGUCACUCCAUGAAGGGUGAUGCGACAGGUAAGAAAACCUCUGCAGUGAAUGAGGUGAGAAAGCAGAGCCCAACAAGCGUCCUCUUCUACUACCGUGUCUUUUACGUUGCUCUGGGGUGGGGGAGUUUGGUGGCUGUUCUAUGACCACGUUCUUUGGCUGGAAGAAGCAGCCUUUUCACAAGGACAGGGCCUGGAGGCGACUGCCCUUGGUUUUGUUAGCACACCGUGUCCAGUGGUAAAAUGGUUAUCACAACAGGACAGACUCUGGUAUUACAUACUGAUUAUGCUUCCUUCAAAAUGGUAGGGCUAUCAGUUGGACUUCAGGGGCUUAAUUCCCCCCCCUUUCCAUCGCUGCCUGAUUUGUUUCCACUAUGACCACUUCAUGUAUGACUUGCAAGGGUGAUACUGUGCAGCGGAGUGGGAAUUCCUGUGUUGUUUUCUUUCGAGUUAGUUACGACUUUCUUUCCUCUCCCUCUGGGAAAGAGGGGAGGCACUGCCUGUUCUUUACCCCUACCCCACCCCACCCCCAGUACAGUAGUUAAAAACCUGGUGUGUUCUAAUCGCCACCCAGCAAUGGAGAAGAAACGUUACAGAGGAGCAUUACCUCCACCUUUACCGAAAGUGUCAAGAUUAAACAUUUGUAUUGCAAAA